GUAGUCAAAAACAUGUACAUGGAUUUCAGAUUUGAAGUUCACUGUGUCAACUUUCGAAAAUCCCAAAGAUUCGCCGCUUACUGGACACAUACUUUGGCCAGCUCAAAUCUUGUCAUUUUUUUUCUUCUAUUUAGCCAGCUAAGGCAUUUUACAUCCACCCGACCAGUUCAAACCACUGACUGUUUUGCCAGCAGAAUCCCAAUUGAAUUCAAUUUUGCCAGCUCAAUUGGCCGCUUAAUUUAUAUUUGGCCAGCUAAAGCAAUUUACAUCCACCCGGCCAGUUCAAACCAGUGAUUUUUUUGCCAGCAGAAUCCCAAUUGAAUUCAAUUUUGCCAGGUCAAUUUUCCACUUCUUGGCCGAUAAGUACCUGGGCCCGCUCAAUUUCUACUUGGCCAGCUAUAGCCUUUUGCAUCAACGCUGACCGCUCUUUCACUGCGAUUCGCCCACGCGCCAAAGCGCCUUACAUCCACGUGAGCAGCCCUUUACGGAGCUCCGCCGCCAAAGCUCCAGCCGGAUCUGCCCCUCUGGAACAUGCCUACGCCUCAUCCCAAGCCACCAUUCAAUGACCGGUCCUGCCCCACCAGGCCUGCGAAAGACGGGCCUGCCAACUGCGCAUAUAGAGGCAGGGCGUGUCACGUGGUGUCCGCCAUGUAGUCACCUCUCACGUGGCAAGGGGAAAACUUCCGUACAUGGAAAGGUUUUCCCUUCUUUUUUUUCUUCAAAGGGUUUUUAGAAAAUAGUCGUAUUCUAAG